CAGCUGUUCACCAUAAACUCAACAUAAACAAAACGCCGACCAUCCUCUGCUUACACCUGCCCCUGUGCCACAAAUCUGUAUCAAUAAAAGCUCAAUAUACCACAGAAUACAAGUAGCCAAACAUGUCAAAUGAAACAGCCCCUGAGACCCUCCGCCUACCAACCGUCCCCGAAAUCGAGGCUGCAACAGAGCGCCUAAGCAUAUCCGAUGCAUACGACCAAGUCUUCCGCGUGGGGGAGCGCUUCGCAGUAAAAUCAGGCUAUGGGGUACCCCUCAUCGAGGCUGAAACGAUGAAAUUUCUUGAAGACAACCAAGUCCCAGUUCCCAAAGUCCAUGCAGCCUUUAACGACCCAGACACUAAGAAAACUUAUAUCAUAAUGGACCAUGUCCCUGGCGACACUCUUGAAAAUCUACUGCCAUCGCUUGAUUCGAGCGAAAAGGCGACGAUAUGCAAAUUGAUCAAGGACGCAAUCACAAAGCUACGGAGUAUACCGUCGCCAGAUUACUUCGGUAUGGUGAACCGCCAACCCUACCUUGAUGGAGUAUUCUGGACUGUCAAUGACGAUCCAAAGAUCUCUGGGCCCUUCACAAGCCAGGACGAAUUUAAUCAUGCCAUCAUCGAGAGACUCCGCCAGAUAGAAUCAGAACAGUACAUUCGAUUAUUGCGACCCAUGAUUGAACGGACUCUGACCGGUCACCGUCCUGUUUUCACUCACGGUGACCUUCAGCCGAAGAAUAUUAUGGUCGAGAGGCUCGGAGUUCGCGAUGGAUGUCCGGAGUUCAAUAUUACUUUACUGGAUUGGGAGGGUGCUGGGUGGUUCCCGGAGUACUGGGAGUUUUGCAAUGCGACGAUCGCCUGCAGGUUUAAACCAGCUUGGCUUGACCUUGUGCCUGAUAUAUUGGAGCAGUAUUCGUUGGAAUUUCUUAUGAUGCAGGUGGUGUAUGCUGCGGUGUUUUACUAGGUUGGGAAGGGUUGGGGUAGUUAGGCUUGUGGGUUUUACGAUAUGAUGACACUAAUGGUGUGUAGGGAUAUGUCUAAAUGUUCGAGCCACCGUGCUCA